AUGGGAAAUCUCACAAACCUAGUUUAUCUAGACUUGUCAUACAACAGAUUUACUGGCUCAAUCCCACUCUUUCAUAAGGCAAAGACACUCAAUCGCAUAGACAUUUCUAAUAAUAAUGGUCCACUUUCUUAUGCUAAAACUCAAUUAGCAGUUCUCCUUUCCCUCCCAUCAUUGCAAUUCCUUAGUUUUCAGAACAGGAGAAACAAACUAAGUGGCAUCAUUCCUGAUACAUUUCUGCAGAAUUGCAAUUUGAGAAUUUUGGACCUCAACAGCAAUAUCCUAGAAGGGAAGUUUCCAAAAUCCCUGCAAGGAUGUGCAUUUCUGGAGGUCUUGGAUAUUGGAAAUAAUAAGAUUAGAAAUACAUUCCCAUGCAUGUUGAAGAAAUUUUCCAAUUUGCAUGUCCUAGUUUUGAGGUCGAACAUGUUCCAUUGGAAUCUCCGGUGUCCAAUAGCUAAUAAUGAAACCUGGUCAAAGCUUCAAAUUAUAGAUCUUUCAGCCAACAAUUUCAGCGGAUCUCUACCAACACGGUACUUCUCAAGUUGGCAAGGCAUGAUGCUGAGCAGCAAUCCAGAUCAAGUUGGAUCCAAGCCCUUGGAAGUUCAACUCCAAGCGGUUGGCAUAUUCUAUCAAGUUAGAGUGACUUUAACUCUCAAAGGUCAGCUAAUGGAGAUUGAGAAUAUUCUUGAAGUUUUUACUGCCAUUGAUUUCUCUUGCAACAACUUUCAAGGAGAGAUACCAAAGGUAUUGGGAGAUCUCAAUUCGCUUUACCUUCUUAACUUAUCACACAAUGCUUUGACAGGAAGAAUACCAAAGGCCCUUGGAAAGUUGAGUCAGCUUGGAUCCUUAGAUCUUUCAGUUAACCAUUUAAGUGGGAGGAUUCCAGAUGAGCUUGCGAGUCUCACAUUCCUUUCCGUCUUGAACCUAUCUUUUACUCAACUUUCUGGUAGGAUUCCAAGAGGCAACCAACUUCAAAUGUUCUUAGAGAAUUCCUUUGAAGGGAACACAGGGCUGUGUGAUUUUCCGUUAAAGAAGUAUAGCGACACCGAGGCGACUAGACCGUCACAAUUCCCUAGCGACCAUUCUGAACCUGAAACAAUUGACGGGAAAUACAUAAGUUUUGCCUUGGGAUCUUCCGUGUGUUCUGGCAUAGUAACCUGGUUGCUUUUAUUUAGCCCAAGAUAUAAUGAGCUAGUCGAUAGACUUCUAUUCAGAAUUUUCGGUCAGCAUAAUAUUGCUGGCAGGAAUGGAAACCGAAGGAGGUAA